AUGCCCCAGGUCAUGCUGGAGACCAAUCUGGAAACAGUCCAGUACAUCAAGAAGAAGAUCAACCAGGAUCUGUCUGCAGAGAGAAGCAUCAAUCUGUUCCACUGUCUGAAUGAACUGAAUGAUCGUUCUCUAGUGGAGGAGAUCCAACAGUCCCUGAGUUCAGGACGUCUCUCCACAGAUAAACUGUCUCCUGCUCAGUGGUCAGCUCUGGUCUUCAUCUUACUGUCAUCAGAAGAAGAUCUGGACGUGUUUGACCUGAAGAAAUACUCUGCUUCAGAGGAGGCUCUUCUGAGGCUGCUGCCAGUGGUCAAAGCCUCCAACAAAGCUCUGCUGAGUGGUUUUAACCUCUCAGAGAGAAGCUGUGAAGCUCUGUCCUCAGUUCUCAGCUCCCAGUCCUCCAGUCUGAGACACCUGGACCUGAGUAACAACCACCUGAAGGAUUCAGGAGUGAAGCUUCUGUCUGAUGGACUGAAGAGUUCACACUGUACACUGGAAACUCUCAGUGUGUCAGGCUGUCUGAUCACAGAGGAAGGCUGUGCUUCUCUGGCCUCAGCUCUGAGCUCCAACCCCUCCCAUCUGAGAGAGCUGGACCUGAGCUACAAUCAUCCAGGAGACUCAGGGGUGAAGCUGCUGUCGGCUGGACUGAAGGAUCCACACUGGAGACUGGACACUCUCAGGGUGGAGCCUGCUGGAGUCCGAUGGUUGAGACCAGGUCUGAGGAAGUAUUCCUGUGAACUCACAAUCGACACAAACACAGUGAACAGACACCUCAAACUGUCUGACAACAGCAGGACGGUGACACGUGUGGAGGAGGAUCAGUCAUAUCCUGAUCAUCCAGACAGGUUUGACCACUGGGCUCAGCUGCUGUGUAGAACUGGUCUGACUGGUCGCUGUUACUGGGAGGUCGAGUGGAGAGGAAGAGUUUAUAUAUCAGUGAGUUACAGAGGAAUCAGGAGGAGAGGAGACAGAGAGGACUGUGUGUUUGGAAGGAAUGAUCAGUCCUGGAGUCUGAACUGCUCUGAUGGUGGUUAUUCUGUCUGGCACAAUAAGAGAGGAACAUCCUCCUCCUCCUCCUCCUCCUCCUCCUCCUCCUCCUCCUCCUCUGGUAGAGUAGCAGUGUAUGUGGACUGUCCUGCUGGCACUCUGUCCUUCUUCAGAGUCUCCUCUGACACACUGAUCCACCUCCACACCUUCAACACCACAUUCACUGAACCUCUUUAUCCUGGGUUUGGGCUCUGGUCACCUGGUUCCUCAGUGUCUCUGUGUUCUCUGUAGGAGGGAGAGUCUCCUCCUGUUAGAGAAACUUUCUCACUGCUGAACAGAUAGUUCAGUCUGUACAGGAUCACACACAGCUGAUGGUAGUUCAGAGAAUGUGUGUAGGAUGUGAGUUUGUCCUGAGGGUGGCGCUAAAGAAAACACUCUGGACUCCACAGAUGAUUCGUUUUCUGCUCGACUGUUUUUAUUGAUGAUUUUUGUGUAAACUUUUAAUUUCUCUUCAUUCUCCCUCCAAAGUUUUCCUCCAGUGGUCAGAGUGAGUAACUGCAGCUCUCUCCAUACAACACUGUUCAUAUUCAUACACACAACUGCAUACUAGCAUUUCCUGUGAAUCCUUUCAGAAUAAAGUGUUGCACUUCC